UAAUCUCAUACGACACCGUAUCAACAAUUCGCGAAAGGAAAGAUUUUUGAUUUUUUUAAAUGGCUAGCAAAAGCAUUGGCAAAAGGCCUAUAUUGGACAUCAGAUUUAUUCACAAGGAGUUAAAAAAGCACAAUGAUACUAUACGUAGUGGAAUCAAAGGAUUCGAAAAUAAUGAUUCUCUUCUGUUUUUUGUCCGAAUCUUGUCUUGCAAUGGCGCCUACAGCAGCAGUUUUACCGAUGCCUGGUGCGAAACUCAAGUCGAUUUCUCAAAAGGUGUUUCUUACAGACAUUUGUUUGACAUUGGAAUUUUAGAGCAGUUUUUGGAAACAUGUGAUUUACCCGCAAGUCUUGAUGAGAACCUAAAAUACUGUCUUUUACUGGCCUUCCAAACUUUGGCAGACUUUAUGGAUGAUUAUGAAGAAACAGAGAAACUCAUUAUGAGGUAUGCAAACUCAAAAAUAAAAGAAGUUUAUUGGACUGGAGUAUUUGGAACACAUGUUAUUAAGAAACUGUCCAGUGCCAAGAAAAUGACAAUCAGUGAUUGUGGUUAUGAAUUUGGUGCAGGUGCAGAAGAAUGUUUAUGUGGCUGUGGUGAAGAACUAGUUUAUGGAGACACCAGUAUGGGACAUGCUGAUGUUUGGCAUGGCAGUGUUGACAUACUUGUGCCUAACGUAGCAGUAAAUGUAACACCAGAUAUUCCUGUUGCCGGUUUUGAAAUGGAAACAGAUAAUCUUGAGAAAUAUAGACGCCAACUGAUUCCCAAAGCCAUUGUAACAAGUUGUUCUAUGCAUAGUUCUAAACCAUUGAUUGCAAUUUCAAAAUCAAAUAUGAAACUACUUCUUUAUGACUUUGAUUCUGACAUUCUCUUUGAAAGUGAAGAGUUUUACUUCAAAGAAAGUCUUACAAUUGUUACAAUUUUAGGACUAUGGCUUGCAAUAAACAACGUAGUGUUUGGUUUGGACAUUAAUCCUGCUUUCAAAAAGACUGGAUGUCAGUCAGGUUUCAAGGCAUUUAUUCAAGAGGCUAGAAAACUUGAUAUUUAUGGAAACCAGAUGCAUUUAUAUGGGUGCAAAGAAGUCCCUAGGAUAGGACGACCUAUUUCUGAAAUAAUAUCUGAAAUCAGGCGAAACCGCAUUUCCCUUGUGAUGCCUGAAUAAUCUGGUGCUGAUUUAUUGUGUUGCCCUAUUUUUUGGAAUGGUCACUGGAUUGUCUCUUGUAGACACACAGCUUGUUUGCUUUCUGGCAUCCACUAGUCAUUAGCGAUCUUAGUAAAACUGCGGUUUUGAAUUCAGCUACAAGAUCUCAGAUGAGUUCCAAAUUAAUGGAAAAUUGGACAAUUCAGCAUGAAGUUAGUUACUGUCUAGGGAUUUUCAUUAUCUUGCUUGUUUAUUGUACACUUCUUGUGCAGAGCAUAACUUCCAAAGUAUAAAAGCUUCUUAUACAGAUAGGUAUCAUUGAAAAGUGUUGUGCAUAAAAACGUGUAUUAAAGAGGUGUAUAGGUGGUA